UACAAUGAAUGAUAUGAGAGUAAAAGUCAAAUCAAUGAAACUGGAUCCAUUCACACUCUCUAAAACAAGACAUACACAAACUCAACAUAAAAACUAAUUUCCCAAACUUUCAUUUUCACUUCAAUUUCAUUCACAUGAUUCAAGGGGAAAAAAUUGGGGAAUUUUUUUUGUUCCUAUGCUGGGUCUGUUCAAAUCUGCAAUUUCCAUGACCAUGUUGUGAAUAAUUGAAUAAAUCAGCAAGGAAUAUCUAUCUCAAAGACUAAAAUAUUUGGAUUAUUAAUUGGAGAUAAUAGGAUCAUAGGAACAUGGCUCAGACACUCGAAGGUAUGAAGGGCAAAGGAGGAUCGAUCAAGUUAGGGACGAUCGGAACAAUUAGUUCCUUAAUGACAAGAGAAUUGGAUCAAAUCUCAUCCAAACCACAAAAACAGAAGGUAUCUUCAAGAACUAAACCUAGAACACUUCACGUUUCUGUUCCGUGUAGUAGUAGUAGUAAUACCGGUACAAGUGCAAACCCUCAAAGACUACAACCAAGAAAAUCAUCAGAUGAAGCCGGUGGCAGUGGCAGUGGCAGUGGAAGCAGUAAAAAUACAAAUUAUAGAACAAAAGCUAAUAGUAGUAGUAGUACUAGUAGGAAUACUCAUAGAAUACCAAUGUUAGAUUCUGCCGAUCAUUUUUCAGUGGACAGAACUCCAAUCAGACAGAAAAAAAAUGAUAAAAAGAAACCUAACAUUGUUGAAGUCGUCGAUAUCAAAUGUGGGAAUGCAGAAAAAACUUGGGCUACUCCUUUAGCGACUCGUCUCAAGAAGCUCGGCUUCUCAAAGCUCUCUGAGAGCAUUAUCUAAAGCUGAAACUUUUUCGUGUCAGACCUCAGGUUUCUGUAACCAAAAACUGAGGUCCCGUUUGGCCUACCGCCUUCUGAUACAUCCACCAUAGAGCACAUACUAGGUAGGAGCUUGCUACUUACUCGCUUUUUCUUCGUACUUUCAACUGUUGACACAAUUGUGCUCCUAGAAUUUGUGCUGUGAAAGGAACCUACAUUUGUGAAUUGAGACUUGCUGUUCCUCUGUGACCUGUCUUGGGAAUUUGAUUCGAUCCGGCUGAAGUAGUCGAUUUCCUGCAUUAUGAGUGACGCGACCGUGCCUCGGGUGCCUAUUUCCACUGGAGGAAACUCAGCGCUCUCUUUUGUUGCGUUAUUUGCGACCAUGCUUUCUUUAGUUGGUGCCGAGGAAAGAGGUAAACCUUCUGUUACAAGAAGUGCUGCUUCUGGUUUUGUGGUAGUGGGAGAAAUGCAGAUACUUUGAGGCAUUUUUUUCUUCAUCUUAUAUUGUAUAUCUAAAAUGCAUGGCAUAAAGUUUGUAAAAUUGGGAGAUUGGUGUAUGACUUUAUGGUCACAGUAUUCAUGUGCUUGUAGUUAAAACAAUCUGAUUUCUAACUACUAAACUACCCUUUUUAACUACUUUUUAAGUGACAUCAUAUUCCUAGCUACAUGCUAGCUCAUUAUUUGGAACCACAAGUGGAGCCAAAAAAUUUAGGGAGUCUGGGCAAAAAAUUUAUACCUUUGUUUUUAUUAAUUUUAUACCCUGUUUCUAUUAAUUUUGCCUUUGAUUUUGUCUAAAAAAAUUAUCUUUGAUUUUGUCCAAAAAUUUCACACCCUAUUUUUACUAAUUUUGCCCUUAAUUUUGUCUAAAAAUUACUAAUUUGGCCCCUGAUGUUAUGUAAAAAUCGACUAUUAGGUGGGGAUUAUACAACAAAAGGAGGGAUUGAACUCGGACACAUGCCCGGAUUCGCUGGGCUGUAGCUCCGCCCCUGCUUGUCAGUAUGAAACAUUGUUUUAAAAACUGAAAUGAAUCAGCUGAUUCAACCAGUUAACCAGAGAACUAGUUAGUCCUCCAGUUGACGGGUUGAACUGAACCGGUUUUUAGGAUAUAUGUUGUGUGAAGUGGUUGUGAUUGGAUUCAUGUGAAAGAUGAAAUAGGAAAAUCUCUAUGAUUGGCUUUUUAAGUACGUUUGGUGUCUUAUUAGGCAUGUAUUAGUAUGCUAAGUUGCUAAUUAGGUAAAGAAAACUAUUAAUUAUAGGAGUGGUUUUCAGGUUUAGGAAAGUGUGUGAAAGAUAGAACAUCAUUUACGAAAUCUAUAUUUAUCAAUGAGUUGAACUGUAAUUCUGAAAUUAGACAAAAAUCAACAUGCAUG